UCCUUUGCAGCGUGGCGCUCGGCCCGAUGCAAAUGUACGGUCCCAUUUGCAAUCCCAAGCUUGAUCAAAACUAAUUCAAAACAACGUGGCGUAUGGCUAGUUGGUGAUCUAGUUGAUGUUGGGCGCGGAACAGGCAGAAAGAUGAAGACAAAAGAAGUCUCAACCAAAAACGGUUGACAUGCUUUGAAGGAUUAUCAUCAUCAUUCCCAUCGCACCCAAUACUUUCGCGUUUGCUUUUACGACUACGUUACGGAAACAACAACAACAACAACAACAACAACAACAAUAAUAAUAAUAAUAAUAAUAAUAAUAAUAAUAAUAAUAAGAAGAAGAAGAAGAAGAAGAAGAAGAAGAAGAAGAAUAGCCAUAACUUGUUCGUUGUUUCGAGGCACAUUCUUGCAGUCACCUGAAAGCGGUAGCGCCAAACUAUGUAAAAUCUCAGGAACAUUCCAGUUAGCCUUAAAUGUUCUCAGUAAAUGUCUUUCUUUCUUGUGUGCGCGCAAACAUGCCAACAAAUUUGAUAAUUUUAUAUACAUUCGCCUACAUCGGUGUUCACAUACAAUAUUGAACAAGUUUUAGGCCGAAAAACAAAAAAACAAAAACAAAAAAGAAAACGGCACUACUCAUACAUGAUCUACAGCUAUUGACGUGUAGAAUGUAUUUUUUCGGUACACAUCCGGUUUCUAAUCCCUGGGCAUAGUUCUUCUUUAACUUGAAUUAGAAUUUUAUUUCUCGUUCACCUAAACGAGGGUAGGUAAACGAGUAAGUUUCUUUAUAUAGAGAGAAAUGACACGUGCUAUCAGCUCACGGCCGCUAUAGGGGCGCAAGUGUUCGAUGUCCCUUAUUCGGGUACUUGUAAUAAUAAUGUUUUUUUUUUAAAAGUCCGUGGUCGAUACUUAUGAAUUCAUUUACGCUCUAGAGGGAUUCUUGAGAAUAUGCGUUGGGUGCCUUUGUUGUUUGCUUUAGUUUCUUUUUCUUCUGCUCGCGAAUUAACUACAUUUUUCGAAGACGCGUUAAUGUUAAUGUUUGUUCCCUGCGUUUCUUUCUUGCUUUCUCUUUGAAUGCGCGUGCUUCGCACAAUGUAUGUAGCGCGAUUAUUCGUAUUCGCGCUUUGAUAAGUAUAGAUAAAAAAAGUUUCCCGGGUUUUUCGUACAAAAAUGCCGAUCGUAGUCGGGGGACUUCGGAUUAAUUUUGACCAAGUGAGGUUCUUUAACGCGUAUACCUAAAUCUAAGUACACACGAGCAUUCUCGCAUUUCUCUCCAUCGAAAUGCGAUCGAGAUCGAGCCCGUGACCUCGAUCUGAGCACGGCAACGCCAUAGCCAGUAAGCUACCGCGGCGGGUAACGUGUACUAUCCUUGCCAAUGUUGCAUGUUCAUUCUCUUUUGUUGUUGUUUUCCAUGUACGUCAAGCUCUAUGUUUGUCGGGCGAAUAGAUUUGCCCACCUUACUCAAUGCCUCCUUUUAAGUCUCUCUGUGUGCGUGUGUAUCUUUUAUUGAUCUUCCUCAGGCUCCCCUUCCCCAGUGCUGGGUAGCAAACUGGAUAUUUAUCUUCCGCUUAACCUCCCUGCCGUUCGCAUCUCAUUUAUCUCUCUCUUUAAGUGCGUGAUGCGCACUUAAAGAUAAGUAAAUAAAUAAAUAAAUAAAUAACGAUCGUGAUAGCGCACAUAAUAUUAACGAAGUAGACCAGACAAUGAGACGAGCAGUUCUUACCACCUAAAAAAAAAAAAAUAAGACAACUUUGCGAAUGGGACCGCUAAUGUCUGACGCUGCACUACGCUUGUCUCCGUAGCGAAAGCGAUCGAAAGCGGUAUCCGAUAUUUCACUGACAACUCCGUGCUUCGCAGGGAGCAGGCUGCAGUGGCCGCGCUUUCACUCGUACCGUGGGAUCCAUCCAGCUGAGAGCCGAAAGGAAAAAAAAAAAAACGCGAACAAACGACGUCAACAACGAAUCCCCACGCGCAAAGAACCCCCCCGCCGCCUCUGCGCCGAGCAAAAGCGAGCAAGCGUGAAGGAACCAUGCGUUGGCGCACUGAAAAAGGGCGGGCACAAUGUUGCUUCGAGUACCCCGUGCAGGCCCGGUGGCGUCGCUUAUAGCGCGGCUUCGUUUUGUUCUUUCUCGCAGGGGUUCGAGUUCGGGCGACACGCACCUCGGUCGCCCGCGGUCAUCCACAAAAUGCACCCAGCCUGGGUGCCCGUGGAGACCCUGACACUGGCUAUCCGCGGGACGGAGGCCCCGACGGAAACCCACCAGCCGCCGCCGCACCCUCAGCCUGCGCCGUUGGUUCCGCAAGGACCGUCGGCGGUGCACUACCACGCCAAACCGGCCGACCCGCCCCUACUGCCAGAAAUUCUGCCCACCGUGUCGGAAGGGCUGGACAUCUGUGCCUACAUACUCACAACAAUCUCGAUACUCAUCAUCAUCGCCACGUUUCCUGUAUCACUCAUUUUUUGUAUCAAGGUAGUUCAAGAAUACGAGCGAGCAGUCAUCUUCCGCCUCGGUCGAUUGCUUCGCGGAGGAGCCAAAGGCCCAGGUAUCUUUUUCAUCAUACCCUGUAUCGACACCUAUUGCAAGGUGGACUUGAGGACAGUAUCAUUCGAUGUUCCUCCACAGGAGGGCCAGGCGGACGCCUUCCGGUCGGAGGGGACUCCGGCGUACCUGUCCGCCUACGUGCCGAGCAAGACGAAGCCCCCGCCGCCGCUCGCGGAGGACGUGUUCUACGGGACGCCGCCGCUCAAAUACACCUACGCUUGGAUUCUAUCCAAGGACUCGGUGACAGUGGCGGUGGAUGCCGUGGUGUACUACCGCAUCAGUAACGCCACCAUCGCCGUUUCCAACGUGGAGGACUACGGACAUUCGACCCGACUCCUUGCUGCCACCACGCUCCGGAACGUGCUCGGCACCAAGAACCUCUCGGAGAUCCUCUCCGAGAGGGAGUCCAUUUCUCACGUUAUGCAGGCAAGCUUAGACGAAGCUACAGACCCCUGGGGUGUGAAAGUGGAAAGAGUUGAAAUCAAAGACGUACGACUGCCAGUGCAACUACAGAGAGCUAUGGCCGCUGAAGCAGAAGCAGCACGGGAAGCUCGAGCCAAAGUUAUUGCGGCCGAGGGAGAACAGCGAGCCUCACGGUCCCUGAAAGAAGCCGCCGAGGUGAUAGCGGACACGCCGUCAGCUCUCCAGCUGCGGUACCUACAGACCUUGGCCUCCAUCGCAGCGGAGAAGAAUUCCACCAUCGUGUUCCCCAUCCCCAUGGAGCUCUUUUCGGGCUUCAUCAACAGCGCGAGCAGUCACGGCAGCGGAGGUGGUGGCGGAGGGGGUGACGUCAAGAAAGACGUCGAGGCUUCCGCGUAGCAGAGGGCCCGCCAGUCCCGUUCCAACAGCCUGUUCUGGUACGGGACGGGCCAGAGGCGGCUCUCACUCAUCCUGCCUCCACCGCUGCGCCUGGGCGUGCCCGGCAAAUAAGAUCGAGUCCGGGUCCGUGGCCUCGUGCCUGCAGUGCGCGCAACAUCGUGGUUAAACGGGAGAGGUCGAAAGAGCCGCUGAGCGGGGGCGGCAUACUUCCCUCCUUCCGGGGGAAACGAACUGCGUUUGGGGCAGGAAGGGAGCAGUCCGGGCUCUUCUACCUGCCCUGCCGCCCCCGCGAAAGAAAAGCGCCUCUUUCUCUACCCGCAAGAGAGUGUGUGUAGCGUCCUUUGAAGCGUCCUGGAAAGAAAAAGAUGUCUUUUGUUUAUUUAACCGUGACGUGUGAAGACAGGUUAGUAGUUGGCAUGGUUGCUAUGGCCACGUUUCUUGCGAGCUGUGCGCGCAGAAAGGCCCGAAGUGUAGACACUGCUGGCCUUUCUGCGUGAGCACGUUUUUCACUGUGUGAUCGUCUCGUUCGUUGUGAUCGUGCGGUCAAGUUCCGGUGCUGCACUGAAUGCUUGCGAAAAGCAGCCCAAUGUUCUACAUGUUGGGUGAUGCCGGCCCAACAUAGGAGUCAUAAUGAGUCACAUUUAAUUGAUGAGUCAUAUUAAUUACUCGCAAUAACGUGCACAAUGUGGAGUUAUGCUGACGUACGCCAUGGCUGAGAGUUAUCACUGUAUAAACUAUUUCACACAUUUAUUUUUGCUGCAGCUUGGCACCUUAGGUCGCCCUUGGGAUGUGUACACCCCGAAUACCCAUAGUUCCAAAUGGGCACUCGUUGGGUGCACUCCCAUAGCUGCUGUUCUAUGAGAGAAGUGAGGGCGCUUCGAAGGAUGGACAGUUAUAAAACCUUUACAUCCGUCUCUUACAAGCGUCCACUGACGGCGCUUAAGACCCACUUGCGAGGCGGGCGGAUGCAAGGACGUAGAACCUAACGGCGACGCAGCUUGCUGUGAACCCGUCUUAAUAGGUGGGUGGUCUUGACACUCUGAAGAAGCCGCGCACGCCAACAAAGGCAAAAUCCACGAUGGGGCACAGGCCAAACACAGGACAGCGGUACGCGGAACACAGAGGCGAACAGAGCAGGCACAUGAACACUCUGCGACCAACGCCAAGCAGGAAUGGACACGCGUCCACUGCAAGGCAGGUUACGUCGGAAAUAAAACCGAGGUAAAAAGAAUUAUAUAUAUAUAUACAUAUUGUACGCUUGGUGAGAUGAGCACACAAUUCCAGCAGUAUUGCCUUACUUCCUUUGCGAAUUUAUUUCAUUUACGAUGUGUCGCCUAACGUGCUCCAUUUGGCUCAGAAGGUGAAGGAAACAACUGAAGGCGUACUGCUUCACAAUAUACUUUUCAGAGACGUGAGUUUCUGAUAAGCUUAGGUUAUAUCUUGUUGCAUGAUAUGUUUCUUGUGAACGUCUUCUGUUUAUUUGUCUACAGCAAGGCGCACUUUCAAGAGGCAUAUCGAAAAGUAGGUACCCUGGAAUGGGCCACCUAAAUGCGAGGCUAUUUGAAGCGUUACCAAACUUCACCGUGGGAACGUAUUCAGCCAGAAAUUCAAGUCUGCCGCUUGAGACAAAUAAUUCAUUAGCGCAUUUAAUUCACGGCAUGCUUGAGCGACUACAGUGACGCUACGAGAUUGUCACAUUUGCUUUAUUAGCUAAAUAAUGCAAAAUACGAUCGUGCGCCGUGCCUGCGUGUGCGCCUGGAAUUGCGUACGACGCAGGCAAGUCUCAGUGUGAAGCGACUUUAGUUUUGCUGGAAGAAAACGAGGGCAAAACAUGUACUCCAAGCGCAUAAUUCACAACUGGUUGUGAGAAAGUGGCGACAAGAAACGUGUUGCUUUCACGCAAGCAUCUUUCGCUUCCUGUGCCCUGCAUUUUGUUUUCCCGACAAAAAAUUUUCGAAAGGGAAAACGCGAGAGCAGCGCGUGCACCCCGUAAAGUCCAGCCAUUUACUUUGGUGUGGCGUUGUUCAGUCAAUGUCUCCUGAGCGUUCAUUCACAUAAUCACUGCCUCUUUGAAACUUUUACCUUCCACAAGAGUCGAGUGUACACGGCAGAAAAAGAGAAAGCGAAGGUUAAGUUUCUCCUUUAAUGGCCUACUUCAUUUGUAGCUGUCGGAAAAGCGGAUCCUCGGCAGUUCGACUGACAAGCCCUGUAAACCUAGCGGCGCGUCUUUCGAUUGCUUGCCGUGCAUGGUCAGCUAUCCCCUCUGAGGGGCAUUUCUGCUAUGCCAUCCUGCAGCAACUGGGCCACACGUUAUUCUCAUAUGCUUCCGUUAUUUUACCUUCGAAGGCAAUAUAAUUUUUCUGUCCACGCAAGCGGGCUGAACGUUAUUGGAGCUUUGAACAGAAGAAAA